CCUGCUGACUAUUGUGGUCCUUUAGAAGUCAGCGAAGUCAGAAAUGCUGGUGGACGCACAAGCGAAGCUUUGAGAUCGAUCAUCUGCAUCGAUAAUUUGCUUGGCGUUGGUGCAGUCAUUGUCAUCCACCACACUGAUUGUGGUCUCACUCACCUCCGCAACGACUAUAUCCACAGUGCUUUGACAGAAAGGGCACCUGAAAAUGCUGCCGAAAUUGCCAAGAUGGAAUUUGGAGAGAUUCUUGAUUUGAAAGCGAGUGUGAUUGAAGAUAUGAAGCUUCUCAAGGAUAGCCCAUACCUAAGAAAGGACUUAAAGGUCUACGGAUAUGUAUAUGAUAUCAAGACUGGAAAACUUCAAGACGUCAAUGAGUGA